AUGAUGGAUGAGGUUCGUAGCAAUGAUUCAGUGAUUGCAAUGGCGUCCGUAGCGCUCACGAAGAAUGGCAAAGACAUUAUGUGGCAGUUCUUCAAACAAAAUGUCGAUCUAUUGAAGCGUCGAUACGAAACGGGUCCACUCAUGUUUAGAUUAGUUCAGUACAUAACGGAAAACUUUGUGACCGAAGAGAUGGCCAGAGAAGUGGAGACAUUCUUCGCAGACAAUCCAUUCCCGGGAACCGAACGAACGGUUAGACAAUCACUCGAAACCAUACGUUUAAACAGCGAAUGGUUGGCUCGCGAUCUGCCGGCCAUUCAAUCCUUUCUGUCCAAUCGUUUAUAACGUUUAAACAAUUAAUUAAAUUAAAAGCAAUACAAAGUCAAAUACUACACUUUUUGAAACAAAAUAUAACAUUUUAUUAUUGCGCUCUUAAACAAGAAUUUAAAGGUUAAAAUGUGUAUAAAUAUGACCAC